GCCUACAACAUUUCGUUGAAACGGUAAGUCUUACUAGCAAGAACUAGCAGCUGCUUAUACCUAUCCCCGCACGGGUGUCAUAGACUAUACCACCGGAUAUGGGGAUGAUCGCUAACAGUAUCUUUUCAUAGUAUGACCCAACAAUCGAAGACUCGUAUAGAAAACAAGUCGUCAUAGAUGGUCAAGCAUGCAUGUUGGAGGUACUGGAUACUGCGGGCCAAGAAGAAUACACAGCAUUAAGAGAUCAAUGGAUACGAGAUGGCGAAGGGUUCGUACUAGUAUACAGCAUUUCGUCCCGAUCAUCAUUCUCGCGAAUCAAGAGAUUCCAUCACCAGAUCCAACGUGUGAAAGAAUCAUGCUCGGCAUCGCCCACCUACCCCGGUUCUCCGAUAACUGCCGCAACGCCCCCCAGCGCUGUACCUAUUAUGCUAGUUGGCAAUAAGAGCGAUCGGGUAACGGAACGAGAAGUAUCGACCCAAGAGGGCCAUGCUUUGGCACGGGAACUAGGAUGCGAAUUUGUCGAGGCCUCGGCUAAAAAUUGCAUAAAUGUUGAGAAGGCUUUCUAUGACGUUGUCAGAAUCCUACGCAGACAAAGACAACAAGCAGCCCGACCACUACCACAAGCCGGUCGUCCACGAGCGCAAAAUGGAGACGCACCUCAUAGAGAUCCCGGUGACAGGUACAGACGAGGCCGCCGAGGUGGAGGAGGAAAUGGAGGACGAUGCGUUAUAUUAUAAAUGGGAAAUAAUCCACAUCAUCACAUGCGCGCGCGCGCGUUCACGACCGAUACCCCAAUCACGAAAAUUACCCAUUAUCAAUGCAUCUAUGCGCCGUCCCAAUCCAUCUACGACAGCGGAAAGAUGACAGCACACCAUCGAUGCAUGACACGAUACUUGGGCAAUGUCAUGUUCAUACAUAUUAGAGGGGUUAUAUGCCUCAUCUCACACGCACUCUAUACAUCUACUAGCUUUCAAAUCGGCGAAUGGCGUACGAAUUAAAAAGCGGCAUCAUUGGGCGCAAGUACCUUAGUUUCUUUGAGUAGGAACGAAGACAUUUUUUGUGGGCAAGAUGGGCAGGGUUGCUAUGGUGGUGUUUUGGGAGUCUUGGGGCGUAUCUUGCUCAAGUCAACGCAGAUUUCGGUAGUCUAACCUUGGGUGUGUACUACCGAGGCGAUCAUAGCAUCGUCAAAUAUGUGUUGGAUGUAGAGCCACCAAUGUUCGAUUUCUUGUUUGGAAAUCUAGCUCAAAAAGGAAAUGCUUCAAUGUGGUGGCUUGAAGUUUCGGAGUAUUUAGUUUUGUUUUUACCACUCCAAGCCAAAACUAUUUACCGUUACUCAAAUCUAGAGUCUACAUAUCUAUGUUCAGUGAAUUGAUCUACCUACUUGACCGCA